AUGGAACGACGAAAGAAAACUGAUGAAAAAACAGCAAAACAAAUUCGUAAUCGUCAACGGAAAGCAAAGAAAAAACAAGAAGAAUCAGUAUAUCCGAUAAACUUAUCACAAAUUACACCUGUCAAUCGACAUGUUAAUGUUGAUCCACUUGAUAAAUGGAGUAAAGUUUGUUUUGUUAUUUAUAAUAGUCAAGUACCUAUCGAUGCAACAACUAAAUAUCUUUGUGGACAUUAUAUGUUACAAGGUACUUCAAGACUAUGCAAACUAAUAUAUCAUAUGGAUGGUUUUGAUGGAUGUCUUGUUGAUGCAUCAUGUAGUGGUAUAGGCGUUAUAGCAAAAGAUCCAGCAGUAAAAUAUUCUAAAAAUGAAAAAGAUAUUCAACGAUGUUUUUUACAGCUCAACGUCAACUUUUACUAA